AUGUCUGGUCUGCGAUGGGACCUGAGCUCUGUCGCGUCUGGGGGCUCUGGGGCCAGCGGCUUCCAGGUUGCGAUUCUGCCGCGGUCCACCGCCAGCUGGCACCGUAUGGCAGGGUCUGAAGUUGGCGGCAAAGGCAGCUUGCCCAGGUUGAACAACACGUCGAUUGCUGACUCAUCAUCUACGCCCCCAGCAUGGGCUGCAUGGGCUGCACGGGCACAGGAUGUGGCUAGUGCGGUGGCCAACCUGUGUUGCGUGGCUGGAUCCAAUCAGCGGCCUCCAUUUCCAACCUUUCGGCCCCGGCUGCUGCUGGGACUUGCGGACGUCAAGCGAAGCUUCACGAACGACAAACGACGACGCACCACCAACGAGGAGGCCGUCAGCACCACAACCAUGGCCGCCCGGAAGCCAAUCUUCAACCAGCAAGUCCUGGUGGACACCACCCCUCUGCCCGACUCCAUCCCCAAGGUCCCCGAGGUUGGCGCCACCUCUGCGCCUCUGCUCUCGGCCUCCUUCUUCAUCGGCGCCCGCUGCCGCCCCUACAACGAUGACUUCAUGCAGUGCAAGAACGAGAACCCCGGCAAGGGCGAGGCCGAGUGCCUGAAGGAGGGCCGACGGGUCACCAGAUGCGCCGCCAGUGUGAUCGACGACGUCAACAAGCACUGCCUCGAUGAGUUCCGCAAGCACUGGCAAUGUCUAGACAACAACAACCACCAACUAUGGCAGUGCCGCAAGGACGAGUGGAAGUUGAACAAGUGCGUAUUCGACAACCUGAAACUGGAGAAGGAGCUCCCGGAUGCCGUCGGCAUCCCCGUCCACCUACGUUCCAAGCAGAUCUACGCCCAUUACCCCAUCCUCAGAGAUCCUGGCCAGAAGCCUUUCCCCAAGGCCGUUGACCCUCCGUCGGCCCCCGCAUCGUGA